AUGAUAUAAAAUUCUACUCGUAACCGUUCUGAACAAUUAAUAUACUAAAGACGAUAACAGGAACAGUAUGUGGGCAAGCUGAACACAAAGCUUCGAUAGGAACAUUACGAGAAAACGUUUGCGGCCUGGGAAAAUAAAGGAAAAGAUAUUGCCAAUUGGUAGUAUACAAAGAAUAGGUUGUGUAGUAGUUUAUCUUAGACUUCAAUAAAUUCGUGCAGAAGCUGAAGCCAACAAGAAUUAAAGGAGAGAAAAACUCGCGUUUUUACUUAAUGCAGAGCAUGAGCAAUAUCAAUAAGAGAUAAAAGCUAUGGUUGAAACUCCAGAAUAGGUCAAGGAGAGAAUGAUGAAAGAAGUUGCUGAAUUAAAACAAAGGAAGGAGGCUGAAAGAGCUAGAUAAGCAGAUGCAGCAUAUGAUCGUAGAUUCAGAGAAAAUGCUGAUGAACUCAGAAAGGUAAAUUAGCAAUUUAAUGAACUAUAAUCAGUGGCAUAUAGAAAUAUGUAAAUGAUGGAGAAAUAGAAACUGUUGGAGGAUCAAUAUGAGGGUAUACAAUUGAAGAAUUAUCUUUAUAGAGGAAAUGAUAUAUGCAGAAUUGUAUAGAAGAGAAAUACUAAAGAAGGAGAGGUUAGAAAAGGAGAAGGUGUUGGAACAAAAGGCAAAAGUAGAUGAGCGCAACAAGGUGUUGGCUGUACAAACAAAAAUGAAUGAAGUUAAGCAACAAAAAACAAAGGAAGAAAUUGAAUAGGAAAAAUAAAUGCUGGUACGAUUGAUUGUUUACAAUUUUAGAAAGAAGAAUGGAAACUAGAAGAGGAAAGACAUAAACAUAGAGAAAAUCAAUAUAUGAACUAUAAGAAGGAAAUUAAUUCAGAAAUUGCAUUAAAUAAUGAAAAAUAAAAGGAAUAUAAAAAACAAAUUAAACAGCAAGAGAAGAUUGAAGAUAAAGAAAUGAUUUCUUAAGUUCUUGCAAGAGAAGAGGCCAUUAGUAAGAUGGAAUAAGCAGAGAAAUAAAGAUAGAAAGAAGAAACCAGAUAAUUUUUGCUCAAUUUUAAGAAUAGAACAAAUGAAUAUAGUGUAAAUGAUCAAUUAAAGGAAAAAUUAAUUAAUGAGGAGAACAAUAGACAAUGGGAAACCAAAGAAGCUAAAUGGAAGGCUGAAGAUGUAAUCUUUAUUCUUAUUGUAAGGAUGCAAGAGUCAAACUAAUGUAUGAAGUUUAUGCUCAAAGAGCAGAGAAUGUGGAAAUAAAAAAGAAGAUAAUUGAAGAUGAAAAGAACGUUAAGCAUUUGGAUAAAAUGGAACUACAACGUUAAAUGGAAUUGUAUCAAAAGGAAUUAGAGGAAAAGCAGAGACUAGAAUAGGAAGUAAAUUAUACAAAAAUAAAUUGUUUAGAAAAUAAUGUAAACAAAACACAAUUUAAUAAAUUAAAUGGAUGAGAAAAAACAGAGAUAAUAAUUGUUAAGAGAUAAGAAAUAACAGGAGGAAGAGGCACUUCGAAAAUAGAAAGAGGAAUAUGAUAAAAAAAUAGAAUUAGAAAAGGCUAAAGGCCGUGCUCUGCUCGAUGAACUUAGAAAACAACGACCAUAUUGA